UUUAUGUCCUCUUCCCCGCCCCCGCCACAAAGUCCGACAGUGUCGCGCAAGAAGUCUCGUGGCUUUUCCACCUUUUGUUGUUCGUUCUGUAUGUCGACCGGUGCUGAUGAUGCUGGUUUUGGGAAGGGCAAUCCCGCUGACUAUGAAUGCCCCCACUGUGACCUGUCUUUUCGACGUCGCGAGCAUCUUAGCCGUCACCUAGACCGUCACACUGGCAGCCGCCCUCAUCAGUGCGGCAUCUGUAUGAAAACAUUCCCGCGAAACGACACGCUUAAACGCCAUGUGAGCAUACACGGUCCUGCCGCGCUGGCAGACUGGGUACACAGAAGUUCAAAUCGACACCGACGCGCCUGCAAAGCGUGUGCAAAAGGAAAGCAACGCUGUGAUGGCAACGGAACAACAGUGUGCAGCAAUUGCGCAAGCAGGAAACGUCGAUGCCUUUACCGCACUUCAACGUCAGAGUCUGUGAGUGAUGUGGUUCUCGAUGAGACAACUAGUAUGCAUGGAGUUCUCCACGACAGGCUAGGAUGCGAUCCCUCGCCCGUUCUGCAAUCAUCCCAAGAGGAAGAGAUCAUUACCAUGGUGCCGGACGACCUCUCCACUGAAUCUGCGGCGGACGAACCCAGGCAAACUUCGAUCGCGAGUAUCCAGGUUUCAUCAUAUCCAGACACAGACGGACCGCUGCUCAGUUCUCAACUAGAGCCUUUAACAGAAACUUCAAUGUUCUUGUCAGGGUCACUUGCGCCCGUCAAUGCACCGUUUGCAUAUGGAUUCGGCGGUAUACCGGAAUUCUACUUUGGUAGCGACGAUCUCUCAAACGCGAUGUUCUUAUUGCCUGAGCAAAGAAGCAUCAGCAGCGACAGUUUAGCAUCUCCAUUAGAACCUGGGUACCUGUCAUCGAACAACAGCAACAGGCAAGAUCAAUUCCUGGCGGAUGAUGAAGACACUCUCAUUGCUGAAUUUGUGCCUCAUGUUCCGCGCGUUGACGGAGAAACCCGUAAUCACAUGUUGAAGAUGCUGACCGCUGAUAUGCCUACAUCAGACUUCAACCACACAGUAGAGACAUUUCCAUCUCUACAGUAUCUUGACGUAUACGUACAACUCUACUUCGAACACUUUCACCGACGUUGGCCGGUUCUUCACGUACCAACUUUCGAGGUAUCACCUGAAAGGUGGCAUGUUGUCUUCUCUGUGGCAUUUAUAGGUUGCCAAAAUUCCGAGGCGAUUCAAAAGCACAAACACCUGGCGUUGUUUCGCCAACUCAGCCCAAGGAUAUUCGGUAAAGCUUCCGAUGAAUUUUUCGAUUCAGACCUACUAGCUUGCAUGCAAUCUUUGCUGUUGCUCCAGCACUGUAUGAUGUUUGAUGGAAGCCGUAAGACGUUCAUAAGACUUCAGCUCAAUCGUAGUGUGCUUAUCACUCUCUGUCGCAAACUUUUAUCACAAGAUGGCUCGGUUUUGAACAGCCACGAAAUUGCCGAAAUACCUCCCGACCCCUGGUCGCAGUGGGUACGAAUUGAGGCCGAGCGUCGAGUCCUAUAUUUCACCUGGAUGACCGAGUGCCUACAAGGGAUAUUGUUCUUGAUCCCACCACUGCUAACCAUCGCCGAACUGCAAGUUCCUCUACCGGGACCUGAAGCACAUUGGGAAGCUGAUCUCCAGCAAUGGCAGCAGUUAGCUCCAUCACGACCUCAAGCUACAGUGUGCGUCGCCCUUGCUAGUAUUGGGCUCCAAGGUCAAGUGACGGACAACUUCGACAGUUCUGCUCGAUUGAUAACGCUACUUUCUGCUUUUGUUCAGUGCACUGCAGCUCAAGACUUGAUGCGAGCAAUGAUGCUGUAUACUGAGAAUUCCAACACCACACGAUCAGCGUCGACUUCCGGUACGGUGGCGGACAUCUCGCGCGCAGCACUCGAUGUGCUUUGCAGGUAUGGUGAAUCGCAGUUCCCGACAAUGGCAGAACCCCGCUCUAUUUCCGACGACUUUCCGAUCAUCGCCCGCAUACUGACGAUUUUCGAUCUCACUCCUUUGCGACUCUUGUAUUCGUUCACUCGUUGGCAAUCCUCCGAAACCGGUGUUAGCAACGCUCGAAAAGAGUUAUCACGUAUCUUGAAUCAUCAGAUCCGACAAGCAAGGCAGUGUAUACACCAGGCAGCGCAAUUGUUCCAGUAUUUUCGCACCGCCAAUACGCUGCGACACGUUGACACUAUCGCUCUGCUCGUCUGUACGCUUUAUAUCCAUGCUUACAUCGAGCUUGUGGCCGAACAAAGAACAGACCGAAACGAACAAGCAGAUGUGAUCCAUGGAAGAACAAUGAUCAGAGUUGACCAAGCCUCUGAUCUUAGCCAGAUAGGUGACUGGCUGAACCUUGAACAUGACCACCUGCCUCAUGUUACUGGAAUAGGCGUUCUUGGAGCAGAUCGGAGCGUGGCGCGAUUGUAUAAAGAGUCGUCAAGAAUCAUGGGGAGGAGCGCUUCAAAAUCAAGCUUCGCGGCAGCAUUGCAACCUUUGCUAGAAUCACAAGCCGCUGGUAAUGCGCCAGCCCUCCAAGACAAAUAGUGGAAUCGAUUGAGUUGC